AGCGAGCGCACGGCUCCGCAGCGCACGGCUCCGCAGCGCAUCAACAGGUGAUCACAAUCGCACUCAUUAGGAACGCACGGCAGAAACCCCGGAACAAAAUAAGGAGUGAGCAUUCAGUCAGUAGCUUGCAACGCAACAAACGGCAGCAGAAGAAACGAAAGCUGAAUAACCACAGGAGUAAAACACGCAUGGAAGCAGAAAGGAUCAAGGAGGCUACCGGUUUUUCACCUACAACGACCACCACUUCGUUACUGGUCAAUAAACUCAAGAAAGAGAGUGAAAUCCUGAGUCUGGUCUAUUUUCUUCCCUUAUCAAGUGUGGGAAACCAUGACGUUGAAAUACACUUGCCAGUGAAAAACCGCCUGUGACCAGUGACCAGUGAAGACUCCACCUGCGGCCACAACCGAGAGGGAAAAUACUCCACCUAGGGGCCUGGAGGAUCGAGCCUGCUGUCUGUCAGCUGAAGGAAACAAAAUGGCAAAGUCACUAGAUGAUCUGAAAGUGGAGAGGACCACAGCUAAGAGACUUUUCUCCCGUCUUGCUAACAGCAUUACGAGGAACCACGCAGAGAUGUCCAUGGAGGAGUUAAAAGAAAACUUCAAGAAGCUCACAUUGGAGAGCUCCAGAGUCAUGGAGGCGAAUGAAGAAAUGGAGGCGGCCUACAUAGCAGAGUCCGAUGUAACUACUGCACAGGAGCUGAGCGACCCAUUGAAAGCCGACCUGGAACAAACGGAGCAGCUUUGUGAGCAGAAGACGAAGGAAGUUAAACUCCUCAUUCAAAAGACACUCUGGGAUGUUUAUGGAGAAAAAGAACUGUCCUUAGCUCUACAUGUUGCUGAAGUUGAGUGCAAGAAUGUCUCCUCCACCCAGCUAGAUGUGACUUUGGAAGCAUAUGAGUUCAUGCUGACUCACUUUGAAAAGUUGGUGCAGAAGGCAAAAGAAGCGCACCAAAACUGGAACCGCUGGGCUCCGUCUGCAGAGCAAAGAGACUUCAAUGCCCGUCUAAGAGAGCUUGAGGUGCACCUUCCCCAGCUGGUGUCGUGGAAGGCCGCCUUCAUCAAAGCAGCAAAGAUAAAAGUGGACACUGAAGAGGAACCCCCAGGCCGCCGUGCAGUUGCAGCAAUAAAGCUAAAAGCCACAGCCCUACCGAAGUUUGCUGGCAACCAGCGAAGCUACUACAGAUGGAGGCAAGAAUGGGAGGCUCUACAGAAGCAAGGUGAACCGACUGGCUCUAAAGAAGUGAAGAAAUUUCAACUGCUUGAUAGCCUCGAUGAGAAGAUGACCAAAGAUCUAUGCCUGUCAACAUACAACUCAUCAGACGAUAUCUUCCAAAUCCUGGAGAACCGGUUUGGGAAUCAAGCCAACAUCGCUCUCGAGAUUGUUGAAGAGCUUCAAGCAACCCCGUCAGCCAAGAAAGGUCAUAGAGCUCAUCCAAACUGUGGAAAAAGCCCUUUAUGA